AUGGAAGCUUUUCAUCCUACUAUUACCUUUCCCUUCUCCUACACCUUCAAUACUACUAGUAGUGGACAUGGUGGCAUUGCUGAAAAUAUCAACACAUCCAGUCCUAGUCCAUGGAUGAAUAGUAGGAUAUGGAGUAAGCUCCCACACCGGCUGCUCGACCGUGUCAUCGCCUUUCUUCCACCACCGGCCUUUUUUCGAGCUCGAUGUGUCUGCAAGAGAUGGUAUGCUCUGUUGUUCUCCAACACCUUUCUUGAAUUGUACCUCCAAGUAUCUCCUCGCCGCCAUUGGUUCCUCUUCUUCAAGCACAAACGCCUCAAGAGCAGCUACAUAUACAGGAACAACAAUAUUGGAGGAAGCCAUGGUGACAACAACAGGGCUGGUACUGAUUGUGAAGGGUAUCUUUUUGAUCCUUAUGAACUUGCAUGGUACCGCCUUUGCUUUGCUCUGCUUCCCUCUGGGUUCUCCCCUGCUUCUUCGUCAGGUGGUUUAAUCUGUUGGGUUUCUGAUGAGGCUGGUCCGAAGACUCUCAUUCUGUGUAACCCAAUUGUUGGUUCUCUGACUCAAUUGCCUCCAACUCUAAGAUCAAGGCUCUUCCCUUCCAUAGGCUUAAGUGUUAGCCCUUCAUCCAUUGAUGUCACUGUUGCUGGAGAUGACUUGAUUUCUCCAUAUGCUGUGAAAAACUUGACUGCAGAGAGCUUUCAUAUUGAUGGAGGUGGGUUCUUUUCAUUAUGGGGCACCAAUUCUUCUCUACCGAAGGUAUGCAAUUUUGAAUCAGGUCAAAUGAUUCAUGUUCAGGGAAAAUUCUACUGCAUGAACUAUAGCCCUUGCAGUGUGUUGGCUUAUGAUGUGGCAGCAAAUAACUGGUGGGAGAUUAAGGCUCCCAUGAGAAGGCAUCUGAGGUCUCCAAGCUUGGUGGAGAGCAAGGGAAAGCUGCUGCUGGUUUCUGCAGUUGAUAAGAGUAACCUCAAUGUGCCAAAAAGCCUGAGGCUUUGGGGCUUGCAGGCUUGUGGAACAACAUGGAUUGAGAUGGAAAGAAUGCCACAACAGCUUUAUGUUCAAUUUGCAGAGCUGGAAAAUGAAAAUGGGUUUCAUUGUGUUGUCCAUGGAGAGUUCCUUGCCAUAAUGAUCCCAGGUUCUGACAAGGCUUUGCUGUUUGAUAUGUGCAGGAAAAGGUGGCUAUGGAUCCCUCCAUGCCCUUAUGUUCAUGCUGGGAUAGAUGGUGAUUUGCAUGGUUUUGCUUAUGAGCCCCAACUUGCCACACCAGUCACAGGGCUUCUUGAUCAGUUGACUACAAUUCCAUUUCAGCCUUUCACUGGUUAG